CGCCUACUUCCAGAGAAGAGCCACGCUGGAGGGUUCAACAUCAGAUAAAGACACUGUUGGUUGGAGACAGAGAACAAGAGAAAGAGCGAGAGGAGCAGCACAGCUUCACUCACUCCUCUUCUUUCAUUACUUCCUUCCUUCCUUCCUUCCUUCCUUCCUUCCUUCACUCAGCUGUGUUUUGGAGACACCGGUCAGCCCGCAACUCGUCUUACCACACGGGUCCUUCCUGUUGACAAGAAAAACACUCCAGUCCUGCUGCUGCUCACACUGGAGAAGCACCAUACAAGGAGCAGCUGCUUUUGGAGAGAAUCUGCCACACAAGAACGGACAAGUGAGCACAUGCAGUCGCAGUUUGUUGAAGAGGCUGGCUGUCCAAAUGGUUUCUCCAGGGAACCUGGGGGUCCUUUUGGUCAGCACAUCAUAACAUCUCCAGAUCUGACCAAAGAGGUGGUCAUCUCCCCUGGACUGCCAACUCCUCCUCUUAGUCCCCUCCGCUCAGCAAGGUUUCCAUCUGGAGAAUUCAAGGCAUCUGAUGUCAAUGGAAAUGGCCCAACCACUCCCAGCUUUGGAUCAUAUUAUGGCCCCUUACAUGGGGGGCUGACCAAUGGGAUACAGCCUUCUCCCACAAGGGAGGAGAGACUCAUCAAAUUCUCUGGAAUUGGUCCUGUGGAUGAGACGGGGAUGCCCAUUGCCCCCAGAUCUAGUGUAAACAAGACCAGAGACUGGUACAAGAGCAUGUUCAAACAAAUACAUAAGAAGCCCGAGGAGAGUGAGCAGGAGGAAUCAGACAGGUGGCUGGCUAGACGCCAACAGGCCACAGAGGAUGAAGAAGCCGACAAAUAUCUCUUCAGGCUAACACCACACGGAGCUUUGCCGGACUGGAGCCAGGAUGUCAGCAAGCUGUCAGAUCCAGGGAAGCAGCAGCCGAAACCCAAGAGUAUAUUUGACUUUGAGCCCGAAAAGUUGUCUUCUGUAAGCCUCAGCCAGGGUUACCGGUCGCCCCCAAAACAGGCUGCGAAGUCUCCUUCACUUGAGGCCAGCCUGGUCUCUGAGCUGAGUCGCUUUGAGGCCGAGUUGGACUCUGAUAUCCAGGGCCUGGAAAAGAGACUGUACCAGAAGCAGCAGCAGCAGCGUCAAGGCUGGGGUGAGGAGACCAGCUCCAGAGACCCAAUGACUGCUGCGAGGGCUGGAAACACAAACUACAGGCAUUCAUCUGCGCCAAAGCAGCCCAUCCAUCACUCUGCUGGCCCAUCAUCAAUCUUCGCUCCUACAUUUGCAGAUCGACUUUCUGCUUCCAAUGACGCUAUGGAACGCUCCCCUAAGAAAGAAGAGAAGAAGAUGAAAGCAGCUCGGGCCAAAUUCAAUUUCCAGGCUCAGUCACCAAAGGAGCUUGCACUGCAAAGGGGCGACAUUGUUUACAUCCACAGGCAAGUAGACGCCAACUGGUUUGAAGGAGAACAUCACGGUCGAGCAGGCAUCUUCCCCACCACAUAUGUGGAGAUUCUGCCUCCAUCUGAGAAGCCAACGCCUAUAAAGCCUCCCAGUGUGCAGGUGCUGGAUUAUGGUGAAGCAGUAGCACUGUAUAAUUUCAAUGCUGACCUUCCAGUUGAGCUUCCCUUUCGAAAAGGGGAAGUAAUAAGUAUAACCAGACGUGUUAAUGACAAGUGGCUGGAGGGCAGAAUCUCAGGGACCAACCGGAGUGGCAUCUUCCCUGCCAGUUAUGUUCAGGUCACCAAGAUGCCCCGCACUAAAUAUUCCACGGACGACUACCCAACAAGCCCCAUGACUCCUCUGUCCCCUGGACUUCAAAGUCCCGGACGUCCACUCCACUCACCUUGCUUGCAGUCACCAUUGUCCCCUUUCAGCAUUAGCCCCAAACAAGCGCACUCCCCCCAGAAUCCAUCUUCACCUCUGCCUUAUGGUGCACGACCACCGUCGCAUUCGCCCGUUCAAACAUCUCUAUCCAACGAAUGUGCCUAUCGGCGGCCUCAGAAUUCCUCCAAACCUGCUUCACCCGCCAACCACAACACUUUAACCUCCGCGUCACCUUCCGCUUCUGCAGCAGCAUCUGCACAUAGCACUGAGGCACCCACAGCGAACACUCCCAGAUACAAUGAUUCCUCACAGGGUGCUCUGUCUCAUCCUAACUCACUCCCAUCUGCACAAGUCCCAAACUCUGCUGACUCCUCAGUGGUGCAACGUCAACCGUAUAAAGCUGUCUAUAACUACAAACCACAGAAUGCAGAUGAGUUAGAGCUGAAAGAAGGCGACAUUGUUCAAGUAAUGGAGAAAUGUGAUGAUGGCUGGUUUGUAGGUACGUCAGAAAGGACUCAUGCUUUUGGGACUUUCCCUGGGAAUUACGUGACACCAGUUUGAGGUGUUGUUUGAUCACAUUCACAUGGAUCGCAUCACAAGAGCGCAACAACCACCCUCAUCACCUACCUUAAGAUGGACAUGCAUGUUCACCCCUUUUCCAUGACCCAAGAUGAAUACAAGAGAAGCUCUCACCUCCCCGCAUGAGUGCAUGAGUGUGUUGCACUGGCUUUGAAUUUACAUAUCAACCAAGCAUAAGAAAGACUGGAUGCUCAAGACAUGCAAAGAAUGUAUGAUUUUUGUCCCACAAUUAUUUGCCACUGCAGCAAAUUUGUUUUUCUUUCCAGAAUCAGGAGUGUUCUAAUGUCCUGCAUUGAGCUACCACAAACCACUGAAAUCAUUUCGUCUGAAUUUGCAAUAUUUUGUGGAAUCGAUGACUAACAUUUCCAUAAAAUGUCUGUCUCAGACUAUUUUUCAGAUCUUUGAAGAAGUUUGAAGAAGCAACAUGACCCUAGAAAGGUUCCUAAGUUAGAAAGGGACAAUUUGUGCCAUUACCUUUAUAUGCACCCGCAAAGAUUUUCAGCAAAGCAAGAAGAAUUUCACAGCACAUGCACUGAUUUCUUUAUAUUGAUUGUAAAUAUCUAGUUAUGUUUUUUGGGGGAAUUAUACAUAUUUUGUUUUAAAAAACAAACAAAUAAGAAACACGACUAUUUUCUGUUUGGAAGAACUCCGAGUUUAGUUGACAAGUGCUUUUAAGUUGUCUGUGUUGCCAAUAAAAACUCACAGUGCACAUGAUUUGCAUGCUCUUAGAUGUUUCUGAAUGUCUUUGCUGCUUUGAACUACAAGAUAAAAACAUCCCUCAUGCCGACGGGAGAAAUAUUUGUAAUCAUGAGAACCAUUUUGACAAUUCUUUUUCUAAGAAAUUUUAUGAGACUGUAAAAACUAAUCAUGUAAUCUGAGGAUUGUUGUACACAGUGUAAACAUUGAAAAAAAAAUACAAAUUGUAAUAUAUAUUUGCCUAAGAACUAUUUGCUUUUCCAAUGUGUAGUUGGUAUGUUAGUUUUCUUAAGCUAUUAAAAAAUGCUGAAUGUUU